AAUUCGUCCUGGAUGGCCAGUGUUGGCCGGCGCCGUUGCUCACCUUCGGUUUCCGAGCGCAUCGUCUGGUUUUCUUUCCCUCUCACUCUCUUUCUCUCUCUCUCUUUCUUGCUCGUUCGCUCUCUUUCUCUCUCUUUCUUUCUCCUUCUUUCUCUCUCUCUUUUUCGCUCUCUCUUCCACCUCUCGUCUCGUUGCCCGUCGUCAAUCUUUGCGUCCUCAGUUGGUUGAGGUUGCACGCACGAGUGACUCGUUCCUGAAACAGGGAUCUGCAAUCCGAAGAUCGAGAUCCUGGUUCUCUUCGUUAAAUCAGUUUGAUCAGUCUUCAAACUAAUAUGGGAAUAGAGCACACCACAUUGGGUUGGGCCAGGACCAGCAUCGCCCUAUUAAUUCUGUUUUGAGGAAGUGUGAGCAGAGUUAUUCCCAUCAUGCUUUUAAUGCAUGAGUUGCGACGACUCGACCCGACGGAUUCCACUUCCGACCGAUUUGACGGCGAUUCAUCCUUGAUCUGAGCCUCGUGUUACCGGCACAAUUGCGAACUACGAACCCUGUGACCGUGGAGUUUGUAGACAUGAAUGAGAGUCUCUCCUCAUUUGUGCUCGUGGUAGAAGAUGAUCCCUUUGAUGAUACACAAGUCAAUCUCCGGAAGGCCUUUGAGAGUGUCAGUUUUGGCCACAGUGACGGCGGUGGGGGAGAUGGUGGGGUUAUAGGAAGUGGCAUUGCUGGCGAUGGUGACGGAGGGGGCAUUAGUAGCGACCUCGAUCCUAAUAGCACCAAUUUUGAGUUGGCUUCUAACGUUCACCUCAACCUGAGCUUGUAUCAGCUUUCAAAUCACACAAAUCGACUGAGCUGGAUUCGCAAUUGUAGCAAUGCCUUCGAGAAUAUCGAUUUGGAGGACCCUCGCGUCUUGGGCAGUCUCAUUCCCUUGGGCAUCAUCUGUUUGGUUGUGAUCUUCGGCAAUAUGAUGGUGAUCGCUGCCGUGCGAAUGACGCACAAGCUCCGAGGGGCCACGAAUCUGUUCAUUGUCUCGCUGGCUUGGGCAGACCUCAUGCUGGGCAUGGUGGUCCUACCAUUCUCGGCCAUGUACGAGGUGUUUGACAUCUGGAUCUUUGGCCGAAUCUGGUGCUCAAUUUGGCUGGCCAUUGAUGUUUGGGUGUGCACGGCAUCCAUUCUCCACCUCGUCGUGAUAAGCCUCGAUCGGUAUAUUGCUGUGACCCAUCCCAUCACUUAUCCCAAUAUCAUGACUUCCAAUCGCGCCAAACUACUCAUUUUGGGAGCUUGGAUCCUCAGUUUUGUCAUUUGUUUUCCUCCCCUGGUUGGGUGGAACGAAGAGAGCACCCCGUCCAUCAUGGCGGCUUCGGACCCAAAUGGGAAUUUCAAUAAUAACGGAACCUACGAAGAACCGGACGAUCCCGAGCUCAUAGCCAUCUUGAAUCGUUGCAUGCCUCAGUGUAAACUAAUACAAGAGCCUGGCUAUGUGAUCUAUUCUGCUGUUGGAUCCUUCUAUGCGCCGAUGCUCGUGAUGAUGUUCUUUAAUUGGCGUAUUUACCGUACGGCCACCAAGACCACCAAGGCCAUCCGUCAGGGGUGGACCAAGGUCAAAGUGGGCGGGGGCGAAAAUUCUGUGGGCAUGGGGAUACAUCGCGGGGGAGGCGCCGCCCUUGGGAUCUCCGCCGCGUCUACCAUGAAUCUGGCUGCCAUCCAGGCGCUGAAUAACCGAACGCCCCGUCGAUCCAGUGCCUCUGUGAAGCAUACCAAUGCCGUGAACUUGAGCAGUCGUCGAGCCAGUGCAGUGGGCGCUAAUGCAAUCAUCUCUGCCUGCUCUGUUAAACAAUCUGGCCCUCCAGAGUCCAAUUCACGAACGCUCCCGAGGGCUUCUUCCAAUUGUAAAGUGAGUGUGGCGGGCGGAUCCUCAGGCGCUGCCUUAACCUUGAGCAAAGCCAAGGUUUCUUUGGGCUCGAACCUCAAUACAGCCAGUCAUGAGAGCCAAAAUGGUGGACGAAUCACAUUGGAUGACACUCACUUGACGACUCCGCUCCUUUAUCAAAGUCGCAAAGGGAAAAGAAUAUCAGCAUCAACAAACAGUUUACUCAGUGUUCCACAUUGGGAUCGAGCCAGUGGCCUGAACAGUUUCCACCACUCGCCACUGAAGCAAUUGCAACACCACCAACAACAACAACAACAGUCCGCGCAACCCCAACAUCAGAAGCAACCCAAGCAAAGCAAACUCAAGCACCACCACCCACAACAACAACAGCAAUUGUCGGCGCCAAAUGUGAGCCAUCAUCAGCCGUGUCCUAAUCACAUCAUGGGAAAGACAUUUGCUGAGCAUGGGACACAAACAUUGAAAGAAGACAAAAUUCCAAUCUGGUCUAACACGGGCAUUGUGGGAGGGGAUCCCAAUGGCCGGGGAGGAAAUGGAGGGAAAUCUGGCAAGCGACAGCCCUUCAGAUGGCGUUCCAAAUCGGCUCCUCAUAAAAGUAAUCAUGUGAUUGUGGCCAACUUGAACUCCUCGAGAUGCUCAUCCCCCACCAACAGCAUGGCGGGCGACAAAAUCUCAUCCAAAAAGCGCCGACGUCUCGGAUCGUGCUUUCAUUUCCAAAGGUGGAGGAAACGGGGCCUUCGGUCCCGGUUUCGUGGCGGAGUUGGAGGAGGACCCCGACGUCGAAGUCAAAGUGAACCCCCUUCACCUGUCACGUCAUUGCCCGGCUCCACAGACGAGCUCAAUCACUCGCGAUUAUCCGCGCCCACUUCCAACCACGGAAGUACGAACAAUCUCACGCACAACUUGAUACAUCAUCAUCACGCUGGCGGAUCAGCCAAUAAAUUCGGUAAGAGAAACAUCAAAAACCAGGUUCGACGCUUCCGAAUGGAAACCAAGGCGGCCAAAACCCUGGGCAUUAUUGUGGGCUGCUUCAUUUGCUGUUGGUUUCCAUUCUUCACCAUGUACCUGAUCACCGCAUUUUGCGAGGAUUGCUUCUCAGAGCUGGCCUUCUCCAUCAUAUUCUGGAUGGGCUACUGCAACUCGGCCAUCAACCCCUUCAUCUAUGCCAUGUUCUCUCGGGAGUUUCGAGGAGCCUUCAAGAAGAUCCUGUGCAAGUUCCUAUGCAACAGAAAUGAGCACCCAGGGGCAGGGGCCUUGGUCCGCAUGGGCCUGCCUUUUGCUCCUCAAACAGUGGCCAUUGGCUUGGCAGAUCGAUUCCCACCUAUUCCGACUGUGACGGGUGUUCCAAGAGGUAGUUUUCAAACGGGGAACAGUGACAAUCAAAGCAGUAGUAACAGUGAUUCUGUCAGAGUUAAGAACAACCCAAUCAACCACACUUCCUAAAUAAGCCACCAAGAAUGAAGAAAACACACUCAGAGAACAACAUCUCCAACAUUCACCACAAAUGGCAUGAUCGACUCGUAGUGCGUCUGUUUACGUACAUCUUGGGAUAUGAUGUCGAGCAAAUAAAAGAAAAUACACUAGAUUGACCCAA